UUAAGAGAACGGGAGAUGAAGGGAAAAGGGCAGCGAACUGAUGCCGGUGCACAGCUAUCUACGAACCGGGCCCGCAUGUCAGUGAAGAAAUCAAGGGGAGGGCACCGCCACCGGAAGAGGGCAAGAAGAACGGCGAGAAGAUGGCGGCCGCCGCCGCGAUCCCGAUCCCGAUCCCCUGCGUCGCGGAGCCCACCGCGGCGUCCCGCGUCUCGCCGGGCUCGUCCCCCGCCCGCUCCGACGCCUCCGAGGGCGCCGCGUUCUACGCCGCCGACACCGAGGCCGAGCCGGAGGCGUCCGUCGGGAGGAGCACGCAGAUGCUGCUCGCGAUGGCCGCCAUGGGCGGCCGCGGGGGGCCCUACGGCCGCCGCCCGGCGUCUUCCUACGGCAGCUGCGCCGCGUGGAGCGCCGGGUCGCUCACCGACCACCGCCCCGCCUCGCCGUCCCCAAUCUGCAGCCCCGUGAGCAGCAAUGGAGGGGAGGGCUGCCGCGACGGUGAUGACGCCUCCUCGUUCGUCACGCCACGGCUGGAAGAAGACCAAGAAAGGCUGCCAAACAGAGGAGAUUUCAUAAAUCCGUCUACCACACCACGACACAUCAGACUGCAAACGCCCAGACAACCUUCCCUUCUGGAUAGGAGAUUUGAGAGAACUAAUCCAGUGCCACCAAGAUUCAUCCACAAGGCCACGCCAGCUAGAUUGAUGCGCCGAGCUCGCUCCUCACAUAAUUACCGUAGGCGUUUGGGGGCAAUGGAUGCUAUCAAUGAAUGGAGAUUGCCCAAAGUCAGUGAAGAAGAGGAUGAAGCAGUGGAUCAAACGGAUUGGCAGGCUGAUACUCUGUCUUCUCGUAUAUCCUCAGCUCGUGAUUGGAACUUUGAGGCUGGUGGUGCCUAUGAGGGAAGUGAUCAUAAUGGCGGUGCGUUUAACCAUUCAGAUGGCGAAAAUAGCCCAGUUGCAGUGCAAAGAAUGGGGAGAUGGCCCCAGGGUUCUGCGGUAAAACAUAAGGAAAAUUUUGUCCACGCCAAGUUGGUUGCCUGGAAGAAUGCGGAGAUUGAAAAGCUCAUAGACAAGCUGAGAAGGAAAGAGGCCGAUAUCGAUGAAUGGCAGAUGAAUCAGGUUACACAGGCAAAGGAGAAGAUGAAAAGAAUUGAGAUCAAGUUGGAGAAGAAGAGAGCGAGAGCAGCAGAGAAGAUGCAAAAGGCAAUAAAAGAUGCACAAAAGAAAGCUGAUAAGAAGAAAAUCAAGGAGCAUGCAGCAACCGACAAUCAGAUAGCUAGUGUUGAGAGAGCAAUGGUGAAGAUGUCUAGGACAGGAAAGCUCCCCUGGUCACUGGCUUUUCUGUAAACGAGUUCUUCACUUGUGGUAGAUCCAAGCAAGCCGAUUGUUUUGAAACCUCUUGCCGAGAUGCCAGCACGGAGAGACUAAAAUGAGCGCACAUGCUGUCAGUACUCAGAAGCAGUGCCAACUACUGAAAUCAGAAAAUUUGUUGUAUAUAAUAGCAGUGGUUUGUCGUCCUUAGAUGAUAGAAGUUUCAGGCUGUAUACCUGAUUGGCAUUUGAACACUGUUCUUAAACAUGACACGAACAGUCAGGGCCAAAUUAUAGUACUUUCCCUUCUGUUGUGGUUUCAAGUACUGUUCUCAGGCACAACAUUAUUUCCCCAGUAGGAUUUGGAUGUACAUGUACAGUGGCAAACUGACAAGUUUCUUGUUUUGGUAUGAUCUGAUAAUCCCUAUAUGCUCUCCUUUUCCAUGCUGUUAA